CAAACAUUUACUAACGCCACGGCUCUUCAUAUUUCAUCCAGAGGAGCGCAUGGAUCCGGGCUCAGGCACACUGCCCGCCGCUGUCCUGGAUGCUGCUGCACGGACCGAGACCGGAGGCUGCUGCAUCCCUCAGUGUGAAAACACCGUACAAACACCGACAGUAGUGACCGUGUGAGGAGCCGAGUAGGCGGAGGAGCAGCACCGUGUUCCGUGUACAGUACCGGUGAAGGCAGACAGGACGGUGGAGAUGGAGCGGUGGAAAGGCAGAGUGGCCCUGGUGACCGGAGCCUCGGUGGGGAUCGGAGCGGCUGUAGCCCGGGCACUGGUCCAGCAGGGCAUGAGGGUUGUCGGCUGUGCCAGGAAUGUCGACAAAAUAGAGAAGCUGGCAGCAGAAUGUCAGAGUGCAGGCUACAGCGGCACACUGAUCCCUUACAAGUGUGACCUGUCCAACGAGGAGGAGAUCCUGUCCAUGUUUUCAGCUAUCAAGACGCUGCACAAGGGUGUGGACGUGUGCAUCAACAAUGCCGGACUGGCACACAACGAGCCCUUGCUCAGCGGAAAGACCGAGGGCUGGAGGAACAUGAUCGACGUGAAUGUCUUAGCCUUGUCUAUCUGCACCCGUGAGGCGUACAAAUCAAUGAAGGAGAGGAAUGUGGACGACGGCCACAUCAUCAAUAUUAACAGUAUGGGUGGGCAUCGAGUGGUGCCGAGUGCUGAUGAGCAUUUCUACUGUGCCACUAAAUACGCUGUGACUGCUUUGACUGAGGGGAUACGGCAAGAGCUGCGAGAGGCAAACACCCACAUCAGAGCCACAUGUAUAUCUCCUGGAAUAGUGGAGACUGAGUUCGCCUUCCGGCACCACAACAGCGAUCCAGAGAAAGCAGCUGCGGUGUAUGAGAGUAUGAAAUGUUUGAAAGCAGAAGACAUAGCCAGUGCGGUCACAUUUAUCCUCAGUGCCCCUCCUCAUGUCCAGAUUGGAGACUUGCAGUUGAGGCCAGUAGAGCAGGUGUCAUAGCAGUGCAACAGGAAGCUGCAGGAGGAGCAGACAGACAGCAGCCAUGGUGACUCCUUAGUGACCUCUGCUGGGCGAGGGAAGAGGGUGGUGGGGGGGGGAUACAAAUCAACUAUAGCUGUGUUGGAUCUGCAGGGACGUGGUCAAAGAAGGCUGGAGUCUUGAGGAGGCUGUGUGAGGAAAUGAAGGGCUUGGACUUUGUAAACCACUACAGAAAUACUACUGAAUGCAGCGACCUGGUAUUUGUGAAUCGUCGAGCCCGGUCCUGAACUGAGCUGAGUCCAAACUACAGUCGGAACAAAUAACAGAGGAGAGAGUUGCUGCUGCUGUGCUUUGUGGUCAUCUGCACGACCAUCACUUCAGAGGGAAGAGUAUGCCAUUGAUUGCACGUUUUUUGUUUUUGUAGGACAUACGACAUAUCUUUUUGAAAUUAAAUGGAAAGAGUAAUUGCUGUUUAUAA